AAAACGGGAUCGAACUAGUUUGUAUCAAACAUCCAUUCAUUGUCGUAGAUGAAAGUAGUGUCAUUUUCAAUAGAAAUAUAAUCAGUGAAUGUAAAUAUGAGCUAGGGAAUUAACUCUGACGGAUGACUAUAUUUAGAACCACCCAUUUAAAUUCUCUAUGUCAUGCCAAUCUCUCACCAGAGGGCGUAUUACACAGUGGAGCGUAGCGGGAACGAUAACUCUGGGUAGAGAUUGAUGUCAUGCAUGGUAAAAUAUCGAUGAAAACGAAAGUAGAAUUCUAACUGGGUGUAUAGAUGAAUCUCAUUGAUGCUGUGGACGACACAGAAAGAUGUUAGAAGCUGAACGAUAUUUCCAACGAAAGUUGAAAACUUUCUACGAGAUUUUGGAAGAACAGAGUAAAUCGGUUCCAAAUGACGCCCGGCAACGCCGAUAUUGUAAAUACAUCACUGAAUUUGCUUCUCAUUUCGGAAAUGAGCGUUGCUAUGUGGUAGGAAGUACAAUAGAAAAAACACGACUUAGGUCUCACAAAGACGAGGGGGACUAUGACUAUCUCAUCAUAUCUGAGAUUCCCAUUCCCUUGGAAGCUUUGGAACACAGGAAAGAUUUGCCGUGUUUUGUCCACAUCUGCAAUGACAAACUCAAGACACCAUUUUCCGGUGAUCUUGUUUUAGACGGGAAGUAUCUCCACAGUCGAGUUCUAAAACAUCUAGAUAAAGAAGCUUUCAAAAUAACCAGAGGAUUAUUUCAAGUUCUCACUACCCCAAAGGGACGACAUACAAAACAUGUGGAAAUCAAUCGUGAAGCCAAACCAGGAACUAGUCAACAGCGCUUUGCAGGCUGGCAAAUGGUGGGUGAAAAUACGGAUGUACUUUAUCAAAGACAAGUAAAUCCAACCACAUAUUUUGAGGACACGAAACGCUACUUCCAUUCUAUUGUUGAAGCAAGUCAUAUGUCAUCCAACAUGAAAGGCCUGUUAUGCAAUCUUUUCAACAUGAUCGGUGAAACGAUUGAAACAGAUGAGGACGCAAUUGCUUCUUUGUUUCAAACCUUUGGUGGUAUGAUGGAAGCUGCUUCAACCUCCGACAACUUGUCGCCACCCAAGAAGCAAAAACAACACCAAGCGGAAGAGGACGAGCAAUGCAAUGCUGAUAGUAACGAGAGGGAGUUCUUUGUUAGAUUCAAUUACAAAAGCAGCAAAGAUUUCAUUCCUGCCUUUGCUCUUGAAGGAAAGCUUAAAUGCCUUCACGAAUGGAAGCAACGAAUGAUCACCAGGAAAGAGCCUUGUUGGCCAGAACCCGACACCAUAGAAAAGAUAUUCAAUUCUGAGGUGUAUGUGGUAGCCAAACCGGCUAUUGUAAAUCCUACAACUUCCAAAGACUUUUGUCUGGGAUUCAACCAAGCCGAAUUGAUACUAGCGGAAAGUCUCAGCCCAGACCAGAAACUUUGCAUGCUACUGUUGAAAUCUCUACAAAAAGGUUUCCUGGGAUGUCAUUCACAGACUCUGACGACCUUCCACUGGAAAACCGCGUUUUAUCGCAUGUGUGAACAAACGGACCCGAGCCUCUUUGAUCGUAAAUCAACCAUAUUGUUAGCUCUUAACAGUGUUCUGUCUUACAUGGCGGAGUGUUUGGAAAAUAGAUAUCUACAGCAUUACUUCAUAGAAAGCAACUUGAUAGCACAUAUUACUACAACAGAGGCCAACGAAAUCCGCUCAAAAAUCAGAGAAAUAAUAAAAGACCCAGAGGAGGCCCUGCAAGUCUACUUUGAGAAGAAAGAAUCUGAGAAAACACAGACGGAAAAGUUGUCAAAAGGAGACCUGGAUCAACUUAAGCAACAUGGAACGAAGUCAGCCAAAAAAGACCACACAGACAAGAUACUCACGAUGCUCUCACAGUUUCAGACAGCAUCUGAAAGCGACGAUUCCAAACUUACAAAAGCACUUCUCGAUACUAUAUAUCUUGUCCUUGAAGAAGAAAAAGACUUUCGUGACAAGAAGACCGACUUAUCUUCCCAGGAAGGCAGCGUUUCCCAUCUGGUAACCCAGGCGGCCAGAUACCAGGCGACUAAUUUCAGCAACAGAGAGGACAAGAAAAAGGCACUGGAGGAAUUAAGAUCAAAUGCCAUGCAGAUGUUUUUUACUGCGAUGCGCAAAUAAACGUUUCAUAUUUAUAUUGCAAUGUCUGGGUCAUAUUGCGGUUAAAACGAGACUUAUCUACAUGUGCAUGACAAAUCUAUUCUAUGAUAUUAUAUUUAUUGCAUAUCAAUGGUUUUUACGUUGCAUGGCUGUUUUAUACAAUGUGUUGUGCAGUUUAGCUGCUCUUAUGCGUAUAUUUCUUUAGUUGCUUUUAUGUGUGUAUAUUUCUGAAAAUCUGUUCUCUACAAAUGUAUAUUGUUAUUUUGAGAUUUCAUUGGGUAUUAUUUUAUUGAUAAUUACUUCUCUCUCUCUCUCUCUCUCUCUCUCUCUCUCUCUCUCUCUCUCUCUCUACAUUAUUAUUAUAUAUAAUUUUGUUGCAGUUUUUGUUUCUGUAUAUUUACAUACAGAUACUUUAUAGUGGUAUGGUGUACACUAGGACAACAGGGAACUCGAUCGUUGGAACAUUCGAUUAUCGAAUACCAAGAUUGAUAGCUGGUUGCUGAAAAAUUAUGAAAAUGCAGUCAAGUUGUUUUUUAUAUUAACAGCAAAUCAAAAUUACUACUCGAAUUUACUGACUUCAUAUUGUAUUACGAAGUGUCUGAUGGUUUAGUAUAUUAUUGAGCCGUUCCUAGCAAAAAGGGCCCUUAUUUAUAUUAGUGCUAAAGUGUGAACUAUAGAGAACAUCCCUCAAAAUAUUAGAGCAAUGUUGAUUGUCGUUAAAAUAUUACAAUUAAUCAAAGAUGACAACCAACUCGUGAUUGGUAAUCAAGACCUUUUUCUUUACAAGUAUGCAAAACAUUAUGUCACGUUUUUUUCAUUAUGACGUUUUUUGAAAAACAUUGUUGGAUAAGAUAAGGGCCUUUUUUGCUAGAAACGGCUCUUAUAUAGUGUAAUUAGGCGAAGCAAAAACCGAAACAAAGAUUUUGAUGUCCUCGGACCAAACGUCAUCCGACCUGCUCCUCCAAAGUUUGAAUAGUAUACCAAUCAGUGAUAAGUAAACUACCUCAAAGGCUUUAAAAGUAACAAAUGGUAACAUUUUUCAUUCUGGAUGUAGCUGUGGUCAUUUGAUUAUACCUAUCUUCACUAUUUAAUUGCAAGGAUGGACUAUUAUGUGAAUACAAUUAAGAUGUAAAAGUAUUCAGUGUAAUCACUAAGAAAAGCGGAUUAGUAAACUUGAACUGAACAAGAUGAUGAUGAUGAUCCGCAAAGGAUGAUAUAGUAGUUUAAGUUGAUAUCCGUAAUGUUAUUCACCACGUAGAUUGAUAUCACUCGGUGUGGUAAAUAUAUUACUACAUUUGUAUGGAUUAAAACAUGAAAAGUGUAA